AUGGGCACUUCUGGCGAGAAAGAGUCCAUGGAUCAGGCAUUCAAUCAGGCCGCUGGCAAUUUGGUGUGGCCAAUGCUCUCCCGAACAAAUUAUCAAGAGUGGUCGUCGCACAUUCAGUGCAAUCUAGAGGGUAUGUUCCUCUGGGAUGCGGUCACAUCUGACCCUGACAAGGUGGAGCGGCGGCGAGAUCGAUUGGCCCUAGGGGCCAUGCUGCGUGGCGUUCCGCACUCGAUGCACUCGAUGCUCUUGAACAAGAAGACUGUGAAGGAGGCUUGGGAGGCAAUCAAGACAAUGAGGCUCGGGGCAGAUCGUGUCAAGGAGGAUAGGUUCGAACCCUCGGUGGAACAAGUCAUGGUGAAAACUGGCAAGCUCAUGUUAACAAAGGAGGAGUGGAUGACUAGGAAUAAGAGCCGCAUGCAGUCGGAGUCGUCCUCGACAUCCAGCGGAAAGAGUGGCGGGCACUAUGUCAAGAAGGAGAAGUCUGGGGCGCGUGGCAGCGGCGGUGCGUGUGACUCCGGAGGAAGACAACUCACGUCGAUGGGCACACCACGGCGGAAAGGCAAGUGCAACAAAUGUGGCAUCUACGGGCACUUUGCAAAAGAGUACAAGACGAAAGAAAAGAAGGAACGACAGGAAGCAACCCAUCACGCCAAUGGCGAUGUUGAAGUUGGGGCGCUCCUGGUGGCUCAAGUUUGCAUGGUGGCGAGGACACUGAUAGCAGAAGAUCAGCGUGCGUUCUUGAAUCAAGAACGUGUGUUUCUGGCAGAAUAUAAGAACGGGGCGUGGAUACUAGACACCGGUGCCACAAACCAUAUGACCAGCUGCUGA